GGCAGCUAAGCAGGAGUGCGAGCGGGACUGUACCGCUUCUGUCACAACAAUUUAUUAAAGGUGUUAAUAAAGGUCUGUGGUGUUGAUGAAGCCAUGCCGCCAGCCAGUAUGAAACUGAAAGACAACUCUUGCAAGAAGAGGGAUCGCUAUUAUUGGAAAACAAGUUGGAGCAAUAGCCUGAAAGAGAUCAGCUGCCUUCUACCUGUUUCUGAGCCAGCAAGUGGACAAGCUCUUUCUAAGAAAGAGACACUAAUCCACAUGCUACAAUACUUUGACUUUCUACAAACUCAUAUUCAGAGAUUACACAACAACCUCCCUCCACACUGCCUCCCAAAAACCAAUGAUAGAGAGUCCGAUUCAGAGAGUGAAGACACGGCUCACUCAGAGCCCAGCACACCUCCACGCAUAUUAAAAGCCAAGCGCAAAUAUAGCUGUGGUCGCCCCCGCAAGAAAGACACACUGAAUUCAGAACUGUUUGAUGACAAAAAUCAGACUCUUCAUAAAGAAGAUGCUGAUAGAAAUGUAAUGACAAUCACAAAAGGAGAGUGUCCCUGUACACGGACUGCUGAUGAAACUGUGUGCUCUGCUGAGGACAACAACUCGCUUCCAUGUUCUUCUGAUUCCAACUACAGUGUCAGUGCACUUCUACCAACAACCUCCUCUUCUACAGCAGGAAGCAGUGUGGAUCAGGAAUCACCUUGUCAAGGACUUGGAAGCCAGUGCUCCAUCUGUGAUGAUAGGACAGGAAGUGAAGAUGGGAGUCAAGGAAGUAAGGAGCUUGCUUCUCCUCCAUCAGGUUUUCCUGUAUUUAGGUCAUUUAUUCUGAAAGACCGGAUGUUUGGAGCUCUUCCUCCUUUGGGCAAAAACCAGCUGGAUGAUAGCCCCACCCUCCCACAGACACCUGUGCUGCCACUUCUGCCACUGCUGGGAUUUCGAGAAGGCCUGAAUCUCAGUCCCUCUCUGCUCACAUCACCAGCUCGAGGCCUCAGUUACACACUGCUACCUGAGGGACAGGAGGAACUGCAGACAUUAUUUGAAGAUGUGUGGGUCACUCCUAAACCUGCUGCUCCCAAGCACUGCAGGCAUGGCAAUGACGGCCAUGCUUUCUCUCAGAGCGAGGAAGAGGACAGACGUUCAGAUGACAUCACCUGGACCCCAAAUCAGCGCAUCCACAUGAAGAAAGGAAGCAAAGGUCACCGCAAGAGGGCCUCCAGAAAAGGCCAGGCUGUUUCAGGCCUGAGCCAGAAGAAGAAAUGUGUGAAUGGAUUUAUCAUGUUCUGUCGCAUGAACAGGAGAUUGUAUCUCAGGACCCACCCAGGACUUCCUUCUACUGUAGUGACCAAAGAGCUGGCUAACUUGUGGCACAUCAUGCCUAAACAAGAGAGACGUGUUUACUGUCUGAAGGCCCGACAGUUCAGUCGCGAGCACAACCGUAAUGUGCGCAGUGAAGGCCAGGAGGCAGAAGAGGAAGAGGAGGACUGCAUUCCCAGUCCACUGCACAUGUUACUGGCACACAGAGACCUGUGGUUCACCUCCAGUGGAAAGCCCUGAACAUGUUCUUUAUUCUCUCACUGCAGCUACACCACACUGAGAUGCUAUCUAAGUGGAAAAAAAAUCAGCCAAAAGUGAAAUUUACACCUGUCUCCAGUAACUUAAAGAUAGUUGAUCUGCAGAGAUAUGUUUGGCCCCUGAAAUUUGCUUCAUUCAUUAUUUAUAUCGCAAGUAACUGAAGCUUACAGCCAGCAGUUUAGCUCUGUGCACACUGCAUGUUUAUAUGAUCAGACAAUAGCAUCACCUCAACCCAUGUGGAGUUGUUGUGCAGAAAAAUAUUUUACGUAUUAUUAUGCUUAUCAUUAUUAUUAUGCUAUUUUAUGUACAAACUGUGUUACUGAGUCAAACAAUGUAUUUUAAGGUGAGUGUGUGAUGAUUUAGACAUGAUGCUAAACUGGUAGCUAUAAGCUUCCGUUACAUUUAUCUAUUUUUAUCAUUUUAUCUUCUAGGUUUGUAGCGGGGACAUGGUGGCUUAGUGGUUAGCACUGUUGCCUUGUACCUCCGAGGAUUUCCUCUGGGUACUCUGGUUUCCUCCCCCAGACCAAAGACAUGAGUUGUAGGCUUUCCAAAUUGUCCAUAGUGUGUGUGUGUGUGUGCCCUGCGAUGGGUUGGCACCCCAUCCAGGGUGUCCCCUGCCUUGUGCCCCGAGUCCCGUGGGAUAGGCUCCCAAGCGGUACAGACAAUGGGUGGAUGGAUAGGAUGUAGCGUAUCAUAGGGUCAUUGCGUAGAUGUAUUAAGGAAGCAAACUCUGGACACCAAACAUAUCAUGAAUGAUCAACUACAUCUGGUGUAAAUAGAAUAUUGUGUACAUUUUUCAUAUUUUGUUCAUUUUUCAACAUAAUGCUGAGUAUUCAAACAGGUACGUAGUACUGUAAUGUUUAAAUACUGUGGUUAUUUCUGAGUAUCAAUUACUUACUUAUUGUUAAAUAGUUAGUUACAUUUUAGAGGCAUUCAAUGUUUUAUAAGCCGUUUAGUAAGUUGGAUUGCAAUUUAGGAAUUUAAUAUUUACCUAAAGCUGCAUCAUAUUGCAACAGAAGCAGAAGAAAUGUUUUUAUUUUUUUAUACACCAUACAGU